AUAUUUUAACAUCACCAAACUCAUCCUCCACAACCUGUGAGGUUGCCAUUUGCUUUGUCCCAGACGACAUCGUUUUCAGUCAGCUAUUAUCUGCUACCUCCGGCGGCCUUUUCUUGAAUUUCCCAAUUUAACCCUCCAAAGCUCGUUGACCUCCAUUUCCGAAAUUCCUUAUCUCUGCAUGAUAAUCACGGCAUCUGGAGGAAACCCACGUAAAGUAAAUCCUGUUUUUCCUCAAAACCAUAUUGGGAAGUUCUUCUCACCAUGGCUGCCGCACUUAGAUCGAAAACAACUAAGGAGACAGCUUCCUUUACGGUCACUCAUUUCAGGUAUUGUAUGUUAAAUUACAUGCACGCUGGUCGGACGACGAGCUCUCACUGUGCUGCGCAGACUAACAAACGGGACGAUCAUUUCGUCAAUUCGUCCUACCAUUUCACGUCAUUUAAGCCAGUGUCGCUUCGCGGAGACCUUGUCGAAAAGGGUACUCAACUUCUCGAUAACGGGAAGCAUACCUGGAAUUCGAGCAAGGGUUUUAAUAAGGAGUGGAGUGAGAAAUUGGGAAGUGGGUGUGCCCUAGUGAGCUCAUAUGGGGACCCACCGGAGGUAUGGCAGCCUCCGGAGGACGGGAUUGCGGUUCGGGUUACCGGGUCGAAUUUGGGCCGUGGGGGAGGUGGCGGCGGGGGAGGAGGAGCAACCUCCGGGUCGGGUGGUGGGUUUGGGUCGAAUUCGAAGGAUGGGUGUUGGGGUGGAUCCAAUUUAGGGCAUAAUUUUCCGACUCCAAAGGAGAUUUGUAAGGGGCUGGACAAGUUUGUCAUUGGACAGGAGAGAGCAAAAAAGGUGCUUUCUGUUGCAGUUUACAAUCAUUAUAAGAGGAUCUAUCAUGAGUCCCAGAAACGGCCGGCAGGCAGUUCUGAUGGAAACACAGCGGAAGGAAUAGAUGAUGAUAUGGUGGAACUGGAGAAAAGUAACAUUCUCUUGAUGGGGCCAACAGGCUCAGGGAAGACACUACUUGCUAAAACCUUGGCACGGUUUGUAAAUGUUCCUUUUGUCAUAGCCGAUGCAACCACAUUGACUCAGGCAGGGUACGUGGGAGAAGAUGUGGAAUCCAUAUUAUACAAGCUACUCAUGGUUGCUGACUACAAUGUUGCAGCUGCACAGCAGGGCAUUGUUUACAUCGAUGAAGUUGACAAGAUUACUAAAAAGGCUGAGAGCCUUAACAUCAGUAGAGAUGUCUCGGGAGAGGGUGUUCAACAGGCAUUAUUAAAAAUGCUAGAAGGAACAAUUGUCAAUGUUCCCGAGAAAGGAGCUAGGAAGCAUCCCAGAGGUGAAAAUAUUCAGAUUGACACGAAAGACAUACUCUUCAUAUGUGGGGGUGCUUUUAUUGACAUAGAGAAGACAAUCUCAGAAAGGCGUCAAGACUCUUCGAUCGGAUUUGGUGCCCCAGUACGUGCAAACAUGAGAGCGGGUGGUGUUACAGAUGCUGCUGUUGCUUCAUCCUUAAUGGAGACUGUUGAGAGUAGUGACCUUGUUUCAUAUGGUUUGAUUCCCGAGUUUGUUGGAAGAUUUCCUGUUCUUGUCAGUUUGUCAGCUUUAACUGAAGACCAACUAGUUCAGGUGCUGACCGAGCCCAAAAAUGCCUUGGGUAAGCAAUAUAAGAAGAUGUUCCAGAUGAAUGGCGUCAAGCUGCAUUUCACAGAAAAGGCGCUAAGAUUAAUUGCUAGAAGAGCCAUAUCGAAAAAUACAGGGGCCCGGGGCUUACGGUCCAUAUUGGAGAAUAUCUUGAUGGAUGCUAUGUAUGAGAUUCCUGAUGAUAGAACAGGAGAUGGCAUAAUUGAUGCUGUUGUUGUCAAUGAAGAAGCUCUUGAAUUCAAUGGACGUCUCCAGGGAGCCAAGAUUCUGUAUGGGAAAGGUGCAUUGGACCGAUACCUUUCACAGCACGAACCAAAGGCCGCAGAGACGGCUGUGGAGAUCUCCGAGGGGGAGCCGGAGGUGGAGCCCGAGCUCCCAUCAGUCGUAGCCAGCAUGUGAUCUUAUGGUGAAUUUGAUUUGUAACUUUAGUAGUCUGAUGUACAUAGUAAAUUUAUUUAUAAUUUGAUAAAAUAAAAAAUAUCAGCUGUAUGAUCGAUUCAACUCUGCGCAGCAGCAAUCAACCAACCGAACCAUCGCCAUUGAUUUUAAGUAUAUAAGCAGGCGAGCUUUUGAAUUC